AUGGAGGCCGGGGAAAACGGGAGGGAGCCCCGGGGAAACCACACGGAGCCUGGGGAUCCGAGAUGGAGCCCGGGGGGAGCCGAGAUGGAGGCCGGGGGAACCGAGAGGGAGCCUGGGGGAAACCGCAUGGAGCCCGGGGAUCCGAGAUGGAGCGUCGGAGAAAGGGUAUGGAGCCCGGCCGAAAACGAGAUGGGGCGUGGGGGAAAUCUAAUGGAGCUCGCGGGAAAUGGGAUGGAGCCCGGGGAUCCGAGACGGCGUUUGGGAGACAGGGGAUGGAGCUCGGAGAAUCGAGAUAGGAGGCUGGGGGAAACGGGGUACAGUCUAGGGGGCGCGGUAAACAGCCAACGGGAAACGAAGAGUUGCCCGGGGGAGAAGGAGCGGGUUGCUGUUGGGCCAGCUCAUGCACCGUCACUGAGCGAAGGGGCCUUGGCUGAUUUAGCAGUGGGUUUCGAGGGCCUCGAUCCAACGGCCGGCUUUCGUCGUGAAGAAAAUUCGAUGGUGGGUGGGCAAUUGCGGUCGCAUCGGGAUCAGCAGAUCUGGGGAGCAGAAGCGCAGGGGAUUGAGGCUGAAGACCGCCCUUUUGCGACAUCCUUGCGGUCGCUCCGGCGGAAGCCCGUAAACCAGAUGACGGUCGACGACUUCCCGGAGCUGAUGGACUUGUUCCGCCGGAACAGCCCUGUCAUGCAGCAACUUCCGGCGGAUUCCGUUCCUCGAGUCCCUGGCUUCACGCACGUGCACAACGCGGCGCAAUCCGGAGCCGGGAACUCUCCCGCCCCUAGUUCGCUCGCCAGCGAUGGUGGAAGCGGUGUGAAACGGCCCCACUCCCUGGAUGCCAAUCCGUCAGCGUCUCUGGACUCCGCUCGGACUCGGAAGCGGGGAGCACCCGAUCCGUCGCAGACGCCAGUCGGUGUGUCAGAAGCAAACGGGGCGGAAGCGGCGACCCUCGCACCCCUUUCCGGCGGAACUCCGUCGCCGUUGCUGGACGGUGGCCUUGACACUAGCGCACCGGAAAGCUCUUCCGGAACGGAGGACGUUCAGCUGAUGAAGGACACGGGACUGGAGUGCUACCGCUUCUCCAUCUCGAGUUCGAUUCUGCCGAAGGGACGCGGGGACGUGAAUGCCGAAGGGGUGGCAUUCUACGAUCAGCUGAUCGACGAGCUGCUGCGUCAAGGUCCCACACCUCGCGAUCCGCAUCCGUCAGUGUACCGAACUGCAGAAUGA